UCACUUUGCUUUCCUUCCUUCUCACAUCUCUUUUUUUCAUUAACUGUACUCUUCGUUUGUGUUUGUGUUAUUUGCUUCUUUUGUUUAUUUUGUUUUGUUAUUAUUCAUUUCCCGACAUCGACUACCCACUCACACACACAUACGCACACGCGCAUAUAUUUGGGGGAGCAUAUAUUGAAACACCUACAGUAUAAACGCAACGAUGCUGGGUUUCAAGCGCACAACAAGCAGGCUGGCACUGGUAACUCUGCUGCUGCUUUUCAUUAUAUCGGCGCUCAGUCGCAGCGUAUUGGCAGCUGAUGGCAGACGUUUUGAGCGGCAGCACUAGCAAUGGAGAAACCAACGACAGCAUACAAUCCAGUGCUGUGAGCGAAAUCGACACUAAAAACAGCAACACUGGCGGAAAUGGCAACACCAGCAUCGUUAGUGCCGGCCCUGUCUCGAUUCCAAACUCGGACUCAAAGGCAAACACCAACUCGAACUCGGACUCGAAAAACACUGCCGACAAUGUGACAACAGCCAAACCAAGCGCUAGUCCCAGCUCCAACGGCGGAUUCGGGAUCUCUCUCAACAACGACGGCAAUAAUGAUGGCCAGGAUUCGUCAUCACCAUCCAAGACCAGCAGCGACACAAAGUCAACUUCAGGCACCAGCUCUGGCUCGUCCAACGGGCAGCCCGGGCGCAUCGUGAUAAAAACGCCACCUCAAUCCGUCCAGUCACCCCUGUUUGAAAUCAACUCAGAGGUCAAGCUGAAGUGGGACUAUGACAAUAACAUGAAAAAGCCCCCAUCCCAGAUCACCAUUCGCGGGCAGAUGCCGCCCGGAUACUUCCAGCCGGGGACAAGCAAGCCGCUGUACUGGUACAUUGCGCAGAAUGUCAGCACGCCGAACAAGGAAUAUACCUGGAACACCAUUACUGAGAGUCCGCCCGGAUACACACUCCGAGAGGGCACCGGAUACAAGCUGUUCAUCUACGACAGCGACAUUGGAUGGGACAACAGCACGCGCGUUUAUUCCGGAAAGCUGUUUCAGUUCAUGCUACCGUUCUCCAUGUACAACUCGCGCUAUGCCCAGUCGAACGACGGCGUGGCAAAGAAUUACAACCCCAACGCCGCCACCCGGUCAGUAUCGGUCGCCCCCAGUGCCUGGACCGCGCUUCUCGUAGCAGUACUGGCCGCAUUUGCGCUUUAAUCUCUGGCCGCGCAUCUUGACUCGCGCGCCUUUGGGCGCCCUCAUAUCGAAAACACAACUUUAAACACUCCCUCUUUUAUUAUUUUGUGCAAGUAAUGCCACGACAAAGCCAGCAUGUUUUUUUGAGUAAUUGUUUAUUAAUGUCCAAAACAAAAGAUAUUGUGUAAAAGGGGCACAGCAUGUCCUGAGCAUUUAGGAGUAGUUGAGGCGGAAGACGUCGUUGUAAAUGAAAAAGCCCUCGUUUUCGACGAGCUGGAACGUCUGUGAGAACUGCUGGGGGUUGGUCUCCUCGUCGACAAGAAGCUGACCGGUUACCAAGAUAAGGAUGGCGUUGACUCCAGGCAGC